AUGGGUAAAAGGCAGGAGAGGAAGAGGUCGCCAACAAGGCCCAAGAGAGGGCAGGAACAGGGGUGGUUCGGUCUUGCUUCUUUCCCGUUCCACGCCAGAAAUUACUCCUUUUUUUCAAGAGGCAGGAACGACCACAAUGAACGGGACUUUUGCUCCAGAAAGCUUGCCCAGGAGGACAACUACCCCCGUAUUACGAAGUGGGGAGCAGUGACGCCCGAGAUCGAAACCACGUCUUAUUACAUCCUCGUCUGUCGCAAUGGCCCUGCACAACAGCCGAGCGCGAAUGGGGCACAUGGAGCCUGCCACGUACUCUUUGUCGACACCCCCAACAGGAACGAGCAGAGCUGCCUCGAAUUUGCUCCGGAUGCCUGUGGAAUGCCUCCGAAUCCGGGCCUGGCGUUUCCACCGUCGCGCUCGGCUUCAGAUCGAAUGCCGGUCAUGCUUUUUGCUACUCAGUUCGACCAUUCCAGCCAAACACUCUCGAGAGAGGUCGACGCCCAAUUUCUGUGCAAACAAAGGUCAGUGGACUCCGUCGAGCUGCUCAAUGUGAACGACUACAAGGAUCUACGAGCAGAGACAGCACCUGUAGCUGUUGCAACAUCUUGCAAUCUAUCUCACAGCACGCGGCACGGCACAGAAGGUCGAUCAAUGUUUAGAUGGCUUCCCAGCUUCAUGAACCGUGUCACGCCGUAG